AUGUGUUUCUCCUGUGUGUGUGUGUGUGUGCAGUGGACUCCUGAAGGUCGGCGUCUGGUCACCGGGGCCUCCAGUGGAGAGUUCACUCUGUGGAACGGCCUCACCUUUAACUUUGAGACCAUCCUUCAGGCCCACGACAGUCCGGUUCGGGCCAUGACCUGGUCUCACAACGACAUGUGGAUGCUGACGGCGGACCACGGCGGCUACGUGAAGUACUGCAAGUCCAACAUGAACAACGUCAAGAUGUUCCAGGCUCACAAGGAGGCCAUUAGAGAAGCCAGUUUCUCACCCACUGAUAAUAAGUUUGCGACGUGCUCAGACGAUGGGACGGUCCGGAUCUGGGACUUCAUGCGCUGUCACGAGGAGAGGAUCCUCCGAGGUCACGGUGCAGAUGUGAAGUGUGUCGACUGGCACCCCACUAAAGGUCUGGUGGUCUCGGGCAGCAAAGACAGCCAGCAGCCAAUCAAAUUCUGGGACCCGAAGACGGGACAGAGUCUGGCCACACUCCACGCCCACAAGAACACAGUGAUGGAGGUGAAGUGGAACCUGAACGGUAAUUGGCUGCUGACGGCGUCACGUGACCAUUUGUGUAAACUGUUUGACAUCAGAAACCUGAAGGAGGAGCUGCAGGUGUUCAGAGGACACAAGAAGGAGGCGACAGCGGUGGCCUGGCAUCCCGUCCAUGAGGGUCUGUUUGCCAGCGGCGGCUCGGACGGCUCCCUGCUCUUCUGGCACACGGGGGUGGAGAAGGAGGUGGGCGGGAUGGAGAUGGCUCACGAGGGGAUGAUCUGGAGUCUGGCCUGGCAUCCGCUCGGUCACAUCCUGUGCUCAGGCUCCAACGACCACACCAGUAAGUUCUGGACGAGGAACCGGCCGGGCGAUAAGAUGAGAGACCGAUAUAACCUGAACCUGCUGCCCGGCAUGUCAGAGGACGGCAUGGAGUACGAUGACAUGGACCUGAACAGCGUGGCCUCCAUCCCCGGUAUGGGGAUCCCCGAGCAGCUGAAGGCAGCCAUGGAGCAGGAGCAGAGCAGUAAGGAGGUGGCUCCUGAGGUGGAGAUGUCGAUCCCGGGUCUGGACUGGGGCAUGGACGAGGUCAUGGGGAAAGACACUAAGAAGGUCCCUCAGAAGAAAGUACCGUACGCCAAACCUAUCCCGGCACAGUUCCAACAGGCCUGGGCAGAUAAUAAAGUACCCAUGAUGCCCCCUGGUGGAGACCCCAAAGAGCGGAAGGUGGAGCAGAAAACAGACUCGAAGAAGAAGAGUCAGGCGGAGCUGGAGCAGGAGAUGGCUGCGCUGCAGUACACCAACCCCAUGCUGCUGGAGCAGAUGAAGAUGGACCGGAUGAACACUGACGGGAACAUGGGCCCCCCACAGGGACAAGGCCCCAUGCCCCCUUUCCCCGGCCCAGGAGGUCCUGGGGGCCCGAUGCCUCCUGGCCAGCAGGGCUUUCCUCCCAACAUGCCUCCUCAGCAGAUGCCCAACAACAUGGGGCCCCCCAUGGGCCCCGGAGGUAUGCAGCCUCCUUUCAUGCCCCCUGGACAGAUGGGGCCUCCAUCUGGACCCCAGCCUCACCAAGGGCCCCCUCAGGGCAUGAUGGGGCCACCAGACAUGCAAGGACCCCAAGGUAUGCAGAGACAUCCAGGCACUCCCAGAAACAUGGGUCCCCAAGGGCCUCAUGGAAUGGGACCCAGAGGGAUGCAGGGGCCUCCCAGUGGAAUGAUGGGGCCCCCGCCUCGGGGAAUGGGUCCAAGGGACCCUCAGGGACCUCCACCUCAGGGAGGCAUGAUGGGCCCACAGGGGAACAUGAUGGGCCCUCAGGGUCCCAUGCAGGGUGGGAUGAUGGGGCCUCCACCCAGGACACAUGGCAACAACUAUGGGAUGGGCAACAUGCAGGGGCCCCCUGGAGGGAUGCACGGGCCCACAGGGAACAUGCAGGGGCCCCCGGCUAACAUGCAAGGACCCCAGGCAAACAUGCAAGGACCCCAUGGAAACAUGCAAGGACCCCAUGGAAACAUGCAGGGGCCUCCAGGAAACAUGCAGGGGCCCCCGUAUAUGCAGCACCAGGGUCAGAACUCGGGGCCUAUGAUGCACGGGAUGGCUCAGCCGGGGGCCAACAACAAAGGAGACCCUCGAGGGCCGCCACCAAACCAUCACAUGGGACCUCCUGACCGGCAGGGUCCUGGAGGUCCUGGAGGUCCUGACCAGGGCUCAGGACCAUACUGGGGGGAGAACCAGCAGGGUCGACGAGGACCACAGGAUGCCAGUCAGGACUUCCACAGCAGAGAGGAGGGCUGGAGACCUGGCUACCAGGGAGGGGGCCACAGGGGGGGCGGACACAGAGGAGGCGGGAACGGAGGGAACUGGGGCCCCGACGAGAGGUUCAGUGGGGGAGAGUUUAGAGGACGGAGAGACGACAGGUUCAGGGGAGGAGGACCCGGCCGGCCCGGGGGCCGAGGUUACACUGACGAGUACGGCGGCCAGGAGGAGGGCUACGACGCCCCCGAGGAGAUGGGUCGAGGCUGGGAGGGAGCAGGCAGAGGGAGACCCCCCCGAGGAGGAGGUCCACCCCGAGGAGGAGGUCAUGAUGGUUAUCGUGACACUCAGCAGAUGCACGACGGGUCGUCUCCGGUUGGCAGAGAGCGCUCGUCCUCCCUGCAGGGGAUGGACAUGGCGUCUCUGCCCCCCCGCAAGCGUCCGUGGCAGGACGGCCCGGGAACAGGAGACCCCCGAGAGUCCCCGGGGGCCGACGGAGGUCGCCCCCCUCAGGACGGAGGUUACGGUCCCCCUGGUCGAGGUGGACGAGGCGGAUGGGGACCUGGAGGACCUGGACCGGUCCUCAGAAGAGGAGGACCAGCACCCAGAGGACCACCGAGGGGGGGCGGUCGGGGACGAUAGUCCUGACGAAAAAUACUCCCAGGAUCCUCUUCUUCUCCGGCUGUCUCAUCUCCGCUGGUCCCGAGAACAAGUCCAGGUCCAGUUGUGACUCACUGAGACCUUUGCUGCUGUGACGGACGCUGGCUCCUGAUUGGUCCACGCUGCCUUUGCAGUGUGAGGAUCACCUGAGCCGACAGGUGGAGGAGGCUCAGACUGAUUUUAGUGUAAAAUAUUGUAGAGACUGUCGGCUGUCUUUGUUUCACAGUGAAAACGUCGUCGCUUUGUGUCUUUUUGUAAAACAUUUCUAUGUUUGGUGUUUUCACUGAGGUGGACAAUAAAGAUUCACACUUCAA